CCGGGAGAGGGAGAGGGAGGGAGCGGAUUCGGCAGCGCCUGCGGGAUGGUGAGGAAAAGUGAUGCACUGGCUACAGAGUCAGUGACCUGUCUUAAUGGAGCACUUUCCCAUCUGCGGAAUAUCUGGGAAGAGAUAGGGAUUCCAGAAGAUCAACGAUUGCAAAGAACUGAAGUUGUUAAAAAGCAUAUCAAGGGCUUAUUGGAUAUGAUGAUUGCAGAGGAAGAAAGUCUGAGGCAACGGCUGAAAAAGAGCAUUGAUAUGUGUCAGAAGGAACUGCAUGCUAUAUGUCAGGAACUCAACUUGGCUGUUUGUAUGCCAGAAGAAGAUGAUUGCACGAUGCUGCAAAUGGAGAAAGAUCUGCGAACACGAUUAGAGGUCCUCUUGAAGCAGAAGAAAGAGAGGAUGCUGAAAUUAAAGUGCCUUAAAGAACAAGAUGAAGAGCUUUGUGACAUACUCUGUACAGCAGCUUACCCCAUUGAUGCCGACACUGUUCCUAGUCUUGAACAGCUUGAUGCGUUUCGUGAGCAUAUUGCUUCACUUAAUGUGGAGAAGGAGCGCAGAAGGGCAGACUUUGUUGAAACAAAGAAAAAAAUCAUCCUUUGUAUGGAAGAACUUGAUCAACUUCCAGAUACCAGCUUUGAGAGAGAUAUUGUGUGUGAGGAUGAGGAUGCUUUCUGUCUGUCCAAUGAGAACGUUGUCGGUCUGAAAACACUUCUUCAACAGUUGGAGGUGAAGAGAGCUCAGAAUGAGACCAAGUGCUCAGAGUUGAGAGAUCAAAUAAUUAACCUGUGGGAUUGGCUCCAGAUUUCCCAUGAAGAGCGUGAUGCUUUUUCUGUACACAUGAUUGGUUCCAGAGCUAAGACAAUGCAGGCACUACAGACAGAGUUGGAGCGUCUAGAGGUACUGAAACAGCAGAACAUGAAAAAUGUGAUUGAAGCAAUCAGACAAGAGAUGACAACGUACUGGGAGAAAUGUUUCUUUAGUUCUGCACAGCGGCAAGCAUUUGCUCCAUACCAUGAUGAGGACUACACAGAGGACUUAUUGCAGCUGCAUAACCUGGAGCUCAAUCGACUAAAGCAGUAUUACCAAGCACACCAACAGCUGUUUGAGGGUGUCUGGAAGUGGGAAGAAAAUUGGAAGCUUUAUCUGAGUUUUGAGAAGAAAGCAGCGGACCCAAACCGCUUCACCAACCGAGGGGGCAAUCUAUUAAAAGAAGAGAAGCAGAGAACAAAGCUUUACAAAAUGCUGCCUAAACUGGAGGAAGAGUUGAAAGUUCAGAUUGAUGCUUGGGAGCAGGAGCAUCAUGCUCAGUUUCAGGUUAAUGGACAAAAUUUCAUGGAUUAUGUGACAGAACAAUGGGAGCUGCAUAAAUUGGAAAAAGAGCGAGAGAAACAAGAGCGGCAACUGAAAAAGAGCAAGCUGAUUGAGGAGGAAAUGUUGUAUGGCAGUGCCCCCAAAACUCCAAGCAAACGAAGGAUUAAUGCACUAAAUACCCCAGGGAAAUCACGAAAGCUAAAUGGUACAUCAAUUGCCAGUGCCACCCCAAACAGCACCUUUCGCUCUGCCAUUGGCGGUAGCAUCUGUUACUCACCCAUCUCACGACCCCCGCUGUCUGGACGCAAGGCAGGACAAUCUGUGCGCACACCAGGAUACUCAUCUACAAAGCCCCCACGCCUUGGCCUGAUUGAAAGGAACAAAGAAAAUAUUUCUCACCUAAAUGCAACAGCAAUGAGUGGUGCGUCCACCAUCUCCACACCACAGCAUAAUCUCAGCAUAAAUUCAGUUGCCACCACUUAUUCUGAGUUUGCGAUGGAUUCAGCUCCACUGUAGGAGCCUGCACAAAUAUAAAGCAGCACUUUGCAGCGAGAACUUUCAAAAGCUUCCAAAUUUGAGUGUCGAUCACGAAUUCUCAACUCAACAACCACCAACAUCCAUACCUGAGCCAGUGAAAAGAAACCAGUGGGGAGCUGGACUGCACAGAAAUGAAAAUUGCAUAUGCACAAAAUGAAGUCUGUGUAUACUGUAUACAUGUUGCAAUAGAGCUGGCAUGUUAGGAUAUAUAUUUCUUCAAACUGUAAAUUGUAGAUUAUGUGAAAAAUACUACAGGUGAACACAGGUAAUGAAAUUACCUUUGCUCUGCAGGUUGAAUAAGUCUUUGCCAAAAUGGGGAAUUAGUGAACAUGGACACUAUUUUAAUGUGUUUUAAUAUGAAGAAUUUCAAAUGGACCUUGCUACUGAAUAGCCCUAACUGUUGAAAUUAAUUACAAAAUACCAGUAUUCCAGAUGUUUCCAGAAGUCAUUUUCUGGAAAGCUUUCUCGGAGAGAGGGAGGGAGGAGGGGGAAGGAUAAAUGAUCUGGAGUUUCCAGGGCUCAACUACGAAAGUGCUUUGAUCCACAAAAUUGUCUUGUCCAAGUUCAAUUUUAAGUACUGUAACAACUUUUCGCUGGUAAUUUCUUUUAAAAUUGGAAUUAUCAAUUUUUGAUCAUAGAUCUUUCUAUUCCAGUUGUAUUUCAACUUCAAAGGAGUCUGAAAUGAGCUGCUCUAAUUCCCUGGCUCAUACUAAAUGAGGAAAACCCAAAUCCUUCACUCUGGUGUUACUCAGACACUCAUUACUUUCCUAAUUCGAUGUGUUUGUUUGGAAUGCUAAACUUAAUGGAGACUCAUCAAGAACUUAGGGAUUCAUUCUCCAUUUAGUAGCCUGUAACUGUUUAUUGUAUUUAAUCUUCUUUUGUAUCACUUAGCAGAGAUGGAGCCACACCAAUAUAAUUGACUAUGCCAACUAAAUUGUGCAUUAAAUUAUAAUUUUUCAUUUGGCAAGUGAAGAACUUAAGAUUAAUCUGAAUUGGGCCUUGUAUUUUAUUCCAUGUGAGCAUCUAAUUGGCUGUAAAUUUCAUAACCUACCCUUUGUUCCUUGUGGUUGCUUUUUUUCACAUAAUCAUACGGCUUUUAUGAUCCCUUUAAUUGUAUCCAGUUUUAAAUAUUAAUUUCUGCACACUUAAAUUGUGUAAAUAUUCUUUUAUUAAGCUAAUCAUGGAGAUUUGCACGUUUUCAUUUUCAUUUAUUUAUUCAUAUGUUGGCCUUUUCUCUUUUAAUUAUUUACAGAUAUGCUGUAAAAUAAUUAUGGGCGGUGAGAGGAGCCUUUAAACACUAACCAUAGUUUCAUAGUGCGCUACAGGGUUUGUUUAGGCAGUUGCUCCCAAACAGUGCAAUUUUGCUGUCUGGAAUGGCAUCAUUUUAUCUGCAACUUGAGAAGAUUCUUGUUUUUGGUACACGUUGUAUAGUCUUCCUAUAUCUGCCUGAAUUGGCUCAUGGCUGUAAAAACUGUAUUUUACUCAAUCUUGGAGUGAAGAAUUUUCAAUCCUAGAGCAGGUUUUAAUCUUGAUUGCGGUUAAAGGGUAAAGAGAUCCUAGGUGGAGUUAUAGUUUUGUAAUUUCUCAUUUUAAAAAAAGUAUGUAAAAAUCAUUUGUUCCUUUUCUGACUUCUGUGCAGCCCUGUCACAUUGGGUCUGAUGAAGCUCUGGACAUCACCAGGAAGCUGUCUGCUGACUCCCAGAGGUGACAUAGAUAUCAUAAUUCCAGACUUGGCCCAGAGCUGAUCUGGGAGUUGGGCAGCACCAGGAAGCACCUGGUGAACCUUGUUUCAGUGAAACUGCCCUGGGACUUGUGAAGCUGAUUGCUGGUGGUGCUGGGGAAAUUGACAGAAGGUGGACCUGACCCUGAUGUAUCUUGAGGCCAGAAAUCAGGUUUUUUUAAAUGAAGGUAAUAAUCUUAAUGUAUGACAUUUGUCAGUUGAUGUGUAUACUACAAAUUAGGAUGUAAAAAUCAUCAUUUGUCUCGAAUUCCAAAUUUUCUUACCAUCCCAUUCACAACUGCAGAUAGUCACAAGAGCAUCAAAAGAUGUUGGCCAGUCUAUUUUUUUGUCAUUUAGUAGUGCAGUUUAACUUGAAAAUUCAGAAUACGCAGCAGAUCCAUUAGCAGAAACUGUUGCUAAAAGGCCCAUAUCUGGAAUGUUCACUGGCCCAUACUUUUCAAAUGCUGGUGAAUUUACAGUGGCUGAUGAAAGUCUUACUCUGUUAUGCUCAUAUUUCACUGCUAUAAAACCAACUAUGAAAAAUAUAAAACUUUUUUAUAUAAAGGAACAUUUUGAAAUACUACUCUCUCCACUUUCCUUCCCUUUGAAUUAUUCUAAUUUGCUGAAAGCUUGUUCUGUAUCUGUCCAUAAAAAAAAUCACAGGGCUGUGAUAAUUUUGAAUAUUUUCUGUUUUCAACAGAACUGACUGCUGCGGCAGAAUGUAUAGACAAGAUGGGCAAACAAAAUUGGGGCUUACAUUUAGAUUGCAAUAUCUCUGUGCACCUAGAAAUCUAUCUCUGUUUUAACUCAAAGUGUAUUGAACUUAGAAAUUGUUCAGAAAUGUCCCUGCUAGCACUUAGAAAGUUGGAUGCUAUUUUCAUUUUAAAAGGUUGUAAGUGUCUUCUUGUAAAAUCUAUAAAUAUCAUAAGGAGUCAGCAAUGUACCAAGUUCAGAUACUGGUCUGUGCUAAAUUAACUAAUUUCAAUCAGAAUGGUGGUGGAAACCACCACUGACUUCAGUGUUCCAGCCUAAGAAAAAGAGAUAUAAUGAAAUCAAAAGGGACUAUCCAGUGUAUACGUUGAAUAAGAGAGGAUUUCGCUUCAUAUUAUUAUGCACAAUUGCGCGAGUUACUGAAAGGCAGCAGGCACCAUGGAGCUCUAAGGACAAGGGAGAAAAUCUUCUGGGUGACUAAAAAAUCUAUAAAUGCUAGCAUUGGACACAAAUAUAUCAGUAUUCUGACCAUUUGGUUUGAACAUGCCUUUAAACUGUGCAGUGCUAUGUAAUAAACAGUUAAAAUUGAAACUCC